AUGGCACCCUCCAACUCCAAGGACGUCUCCUUCACUCCGCGCGAGAUGGAAGUCCUCGCCCUCGCAUGGCAGUGCAUGGAAACCCAGCCCAAGAUCGAUAUGGCCAAACUGGGCUCCCUUGCCGGCUACACCCCCGCCAGCGCCAGCGUCACUUUCGGCAGAAUCAAAUCCAAGCUCAAGCUCCUUGGCGAGUCUCUCCAAGACACCCCAGGCACGCCCGGCACACCCUCCAAGUCCAUGCCCAAGAAGAAAGCCGCCACGCCUGCGUCUACGCCUCGCAAGCGCAAGAAUGCUGCGCCGGCGGCGGAUGCGACGCCCAGUAAGAAGGGCAAGAUGCCGAUGCGCGAGGAGGACGAUGUCGAGGAUGAUGAUGAGGUUAUCAAGUGCGAUGUGUCUGGUGUCAAGGAGGACAUUGAGGAUUACGGGUUUUUGAGCGGGAUCGAGGCGUAUGCUGGUGGUGGUGGUGGUGGGAACUAA